AUGAGUCUCUUUGGACUAAGCAAGUCAGAUUUCACAGACAUUUCAGAUUUGGAACUAGAUCAGCAUAUUGAAAACAUUACUGAAGAUUUUCCAUACCGCGGAGAAAGUUUAAUCAAGCAAUUCCUGAUCGAGAAAGAGGUUAUAGUGCAAAGGAUGCGUAUUAGAGAUAGUUUGCACCGAGUGAACGGAGAUGGAGUAAAUGCUAGGAAAAAAGGGCGCCUGCAUAGACGCGUCUACGAUGUACAGGGUCCUAAUCACGUUUGGCAUAUAGACACGAAUCACAAGUUGGUGCGGUGGUACUUUGUAGUUUUUGGUGCCAUUGAUGGAUUUAGUCGUCUGCCAGUGGCACUAGAAUGCAGAACCAAUAACAAGACUGAGACUGUGCUUGAAUGUUUUUUGAAAGGUGUGGAAAACUACGGCCUCCCAAGCAGAGCAGGGGCGGAUCUAGGGGGAGGGUGCAGGGAGUGUUGGACGAAGAGAGAGUUGAGAACAGACGCCCAAUAUUUGAGGCUCCAGGUGCUUUGAGAUUUUACGUAAUCAAGUCCCUUCAAAUUGGACAUCUUCAAACUAUGGGAUAGAUGUAUAUUUAACGGUGCUGGACAUCAUUGAGAAUUUAGAUGCAAAUGGCAGAUGA